CAUUCAAGAUGGCGGGUGACGAGUCUGGUGUAACGCUUGGCCAACCUCAUCUUUCCAAACAAGACCUCAGCACUUUAGAUGUGAGUACAUUGACGCCCCUUUCCCCGGAAAUCAUCAGUAGACAGGCAACAAUAAAUAUAGGCACCAUCGGCCAUGUAGCCCAUGGGAAGUCCACAGUGGUGAAGGCGAUCUCAGGAGUGCACACUGUCAGAUUCAAGAAUGAACUGGAGCGGAACAUCACCAUCAAGUUGGGCUAUGCUAACGCUAAGAUCUAUAAAUUGGAUGACCCCAGUUGCCCAAGGCCUGAAUGUUACAGGUCAUGUGGUAGCAGCACCCCUGAUGAGUUCCCUACAGACAUUCCUGGCACCAAAGGCAAUUUCAAAUUAGUUAGACAUGUCUCAUUUGUGGAUUGCCCGGGUCACGACAUCUUGAUGGCCACCAUGUUGAACGGCGCUGCUGUUAUGGAUGCCGCUCUCCUUCUGAUUGCUGGUAAUGAGUCCUGCCCACAGCCUCAGACAUCAGAGCAUCUGGCUGCUAUUGAGAUCAUGAAGUUGAAGCAUAUCCUGAUCCUGCAGAACAAGAUUGACCUGGUGAAAGAGAGUCAGGCCAAAGAGCAAUAUGAGCAGAUCUUGGCUUUUGUGCAGGGCACAGUUGCCGAGGGAGCUCCCAUCAUUCCCAUCUCAGCCCAGCUGAAGUACAACAUUGAGGUGGUGUGUGAGUACAUUGUGAAGAAGAUCCCUGUGCCUAUCCGCGAUUUCACUUCAGAGCCUCGCCUUAUUGUGAUCAGGUCAUUUGACGUAAAUAAGCCAGGCUGUGAGGUGGAUGAUCUGAAAGGAGGUGUGGCCGGAGGCAGUAUUCUCAAAGGAGUGCUAAAGGUGGGACAGGAAUUGGAGGUCAGACCAGGUAUUGUUUCAAAGGACCACGAAGGGAAGCUCAUGUGCAAGCCUAUAUUCUCCAAGAUUGUCUCGCUGUUCGCCGAACACAACGACCUACAGUACGCAGCGCCUGGAGGGCUGAUAGGCGUGGGCACCAAAAUUGAUCCGACGCUAUGCAGAGCCGAUCGUAUGGUGGGACAGGUCCUGGGCGCCGUCGGGGCUCUGCCCGAGAUCUUCACAGAGCUGGAGAUCUCCUACUUCUUGUUGAGAAGGCUUCUCGGAGUGCGUACUGAAGGAGACAAGAAAGCAGCUAAGGUUCAGAAGCUGUCUAAGAAUGAGGUGCUGAUGGUGAACAUUGGAUCCUUGUCGACCGGUGGCCGUGUGAGCGCAGUGAAAGCUGAUUUGGCUAAGAUUGUGCUCACAAAUCCGGUCUGCACAGAGGUGGGAGAGAAGAUUGCCUUGAGUCGCAGAGUGGAGAAACAUUGGCGUCUGAUUGGCUGGGGACAGAUCAGGAGAGGAGUGACCAUCACACCCACAGUGGAUGAUGACUGAGGAACAACCUUUGUUGAAAAUUAGCAUUGCUCCUUCCUGGACAUAAAUAUUAAACCAUUUCCACACACCUGUGCAGAGGUCAGCUCCAUGAGAGAAAGGAAGGAUGUCUUUAAUGAAAAGACAUUGGUCCUCUGUUUUUGGGAUCUGAACCAUCUACAAUGUAUGGACUGGCCUAAUUUAUACAUACAAGAUGAGGAUAAGUAUGGAUUUUAGGUUUGUCAAAACCUUGCAGUGAAAACAAAUAAAACAUUUUGGA